CUACACAAAAUCGCUACCUGCCCCCGGUGGGAAAAGGAAAAGGCAGGCGAUACAAAGCGACCGCUUUCCGCUGAAAUAAUUACCGAAACAAAAUAAUGGAAGAAGGGAAGUUGAUCUUGGACAUUGUUGUUGCAGGAGAAGAAGCGACGCGCAGAUUUAAAACGUGAUGUUCUUGAUAUUGCAAGAUCCACAUAGAGGCAGACCAAGAAAGAAAACAGGAAAGGAGAAGUCUGCGUAGAGAGAGAAAGGGAUGGGAUUCCCAAGCCCCCUCCAUGGCGUCCUGAACGUGACAAUCUUUGGAGCAGCUCACCUUCAUCACUCCAUUCACGGCCUCGCUCUCCAGGCCCUGGAGAAAGUUGAGGAGUCAUUGCACCUAAAAGGCCUCCCUCACAGCAAGCUCUAUGCAACAGUAGACAUUGGACUUGAUCGGCUUGCCCGUACCCGGACGGUGAAGUUUCAUGCCACGAACCCAGCAUGGAACGAGUCCUUCAGGAUCCACACAGCCCACACCACAGACACCAUUGUCAUCUCUAUCAAGGAUCAGCUGCCUGUGAGCGCCAAGGUUGUCGGCCGGGCCAAGAUCGCCGUCACCGAACAAUUCCUCGCCGGAGAACCGAUCGAAGGAUGGUUUGAAUUAUUUACUGAUGAGGGUCACAAGCUCAACGAAGCGAACGUCCAUGUGAGACUCGGAUUUACCCACGUUUCGGCGGAUCCACACUGGGGCCGCGGCAUCAUGGAUCCAAAAUUCUCCGGCGUACCAAACACUUUCUUCCCACUUAGGCCAAAUUGUCAUGUUGCACUCUACCAAAACUCUCAUCUCUCAAAUGAAUACCAACCACCCAUCUCUCUCUUUGGCAAUGAAAGGUACGAGCCGGCAAGAUACUGGGAGGAUCUAUACAAGGCCAUUGAUCGAGCUCAGUACUUUGUUUAUGUAGCAGGUUGGUCGGUCAACGUGUCCUUGACACUUGUUCGCGACCCGAGUCGUCCCGUACCAGGGUCCGAAGGUAAGGCUAUAGGCCAACUACUUAAGGAGAAGGCCGAUCAGGGUUUGACUGUGUUGGUCAUGGUCUGGCAAGACCGGACCUCGAUAACUUUGCUGGGCAACGCUGGCCUCAUGAAGACGCAUGACACCAUGACCUUGAAGUACUUUGAAAAGACCAAGGUGAAGUGUUUCCUCUGUCCAAGGAACCCGGACCCUUCGCUGAGUGCGGUUCAGCACGUCGAAGUCGGGACUGAGUUCACUCAUCACCAGAAGACUGUGAUUGUUGAUGCCGAAGGAAGGCUUGGCUCGACUCGGAAAAUAGUAAGCUUCAUUGGUGGCAUCGACCUUUGUGAUGGAAGGUACGAUACUGAGCAUCAUCCACUAUUCCGCAAGCUCGACACUGACUACUUGCAUGACUUCCAACAGAAGAAUUUCGACUAUGCAGACCUUGAACAUGGAGGCCCGCGUGAGCCCUGGCACGACCUUCACUCUUGUGUUGAAGGCCAAGCUGCUUGGGAUGUCCUUGCUAAUUUUGAACAGCGAUGGCGAAAGCAGUCCUCAUCAGAACUUGCAGAUGCCCUCCUUGAAAUAAGCGGCUUGCCUGAUAUCUUUCCUCCACCUGCGUCUUAUCAUUCUGGAAAUGAGAAUUCCCAAUCUUGGUCAGUCCAAAUUUUCAGAUCCAUUGACGAUGCCUCAGUCAUUGGAUUCCCUGAAGAUCCUGCUGCUGCCUCUGCAAUUGGAUUGAUCAAAGGCAAAAAUGUCACAAUUGAGAGAAGCAUACAUACUGGAUACAUCGAAGCAAUAAGGAGAGCAAAGAGGUUCAUUUACAUAGAAAACCAAUAUUUCUUUGGCAGCUGUUUUGCAUGGUCGGAAGCAAGAGACUCCGAGUGUUUGAAUUUGGUUCCUAUUGAGAUCGCAUUAAAGAUUGCUAGUAAGGUAAGAGCUGGGGAAAGAUUUUGUGUUUAUGUGGUAACACCAAUGUGGCCUGAAGGGAAGCCAGAUUCUGACACGGUGCAGGCAAUUCUUUACUGGAACCGAUUGACUAUGGAGAUGAUGUACAAAAUCAUAGACGAGGCCAUUGAAGAGGUUGGUAUGAAAGGCAGAGCUAGUGUCUCUGACUAUCUGAAUUUCUACUGUUUGGGAAGUAGGGAAAUUAAAAAGCCAGGCGAAUAUGAACCACCUAAAUCACCAGAAGUGGGAAGCCAUUACUGGCGUGUUCAGCAGCAAAGGAGGUUCCUGAUAUAUGUGCAUGCUAAGGUCAUGAUCGUGGAUGAUGAGUACAUCAUAAUUGGAUCUGCAAAUUUGAACCAACGGUCACUAGAUGGAGGAAGGGAUACAGAGAUCGCCCAUGGUUCAUUCCAACCAGAUCACAUCAAUGGACCGAAUGGCCCUGCUCGUGGUCACAUAUAUGGCUUCAGAAUGUCCCUUUGGUACGAACAUUUCGCAAGCAAGUACAUGGAGAACAUGGAUGUUUUUAAUGAACCAGAGAGCCUAGCGUGUGUGAGGUUGGUAAACAAGAUUGCGCAGCACGUGUGGGAGCUAUACACUGGAGAUGAAGUGGUGGAGCUUCCUGGGCAUCUUCUACCGUUCCCUGUCAGGGUCUUAGACAAUGGGAAUCUAGUGAAUUGGAAUGAGGACGGCACAUUUCCAGACACUAGUGCUAGUGUCAAGGGAAAGAAAUCAACCAUCCUUCCUCCGAUUCUCACUACAUAGGAGGACGUUCCAUGUUUUCUUCACUUUGUUUGAAGUUGUCAAUUGGGUACCUUCUGAGAAGUGAACACGGGAAAAAUUUUCUUUUCGGUUGAAUGAUCCAAGCUUGGCCGAGUUUAAUGGUGAUCAUCAAACAUA